AUGGAGACUGCGAAGCUACUGUGGUCUCGGAUUCCAAACUCAGAGGACGGCGAGCUUGAAGGUGUUGGCUUGUUGAGCACCAGCAAUGGAAACGCUGUUGAGAGUCUUGACUAUGAAGUUAUUGAGAAUCACGCGUAUCGAGAAGAGCAGGCGCAGAGAGGGAAGCUUUAUGUUGGAUAUUAUGUGGUAGUUAAGUGGUUCUUUGCUUUGCUCAUUGGUAUUGGUACUGGCUUAGCGGCUGUUUUCAUCAAUAUAUCUGUUGAGAAUUUUGCUGGCUGGAAGUUUGCGCUGACGUUUUCAAUAAUUCAGAAAUCCUAUUUGGCUGGAUUUGUAGUAUAUGUAUUAAUUAACUUGGUUUUAGUCUUUUCAUCUGUAUAUAUCGUUACGCAUUUUGCACCUGCAGCAGCAGGUUCUGGUAUUCCAGAAAUUAAGGGUUAUUUGAAUGGACUUGAUAUUCAUGGUAUUCUACUCUUCAGAACUUUGAUUGGAAAGAUAUUUGGAAGCAUUGGUUCUGUGGGAGGUGGCCUUGCUUUAGGAAAAGAAGGUCCUCUUGUUCAUACUGGUGCUUGUAUUGCUUCCUUGCUUGGACAAGGUGGAUCUACAAAAUAUCAUCUAAGUUUGAGGUGGCUUCAAGUUUUCAAGAGUGAUCGUGAUCGUCGUGAUCUUGUGACCUGUGGGUGUGCAGCUGGUGUUGCUGCUGCUUUUAGAGCUCCUGUUGGUGGUGUAUUAUUUGCUUUGGAGGAAGUUACAUCCUGGUGGAGGAGUCAACUUAUGUGGCGUGUCUUUUUUACCUCUGCUAUUGUGGCGGUUGUGGUGCGUACUGCUAUGGGAUGGUGUAAGAGUGGAAAGUGUGGGCAUUUUGGCUCUGGUGGCUUCAUAAUAUGGGACACAUCAGAUGGUCAAGAGGACUACUCUUUUGAGGAGUUGCUUCCAAUGGCCGUUAUUGGGGUUAUUGGUGGUCUACUCGGUGCCUUAUUCAAUCAGCUUACUCUUUAUAUAACUAGCUGGCGACGAAAUUAUCUACACAAGAAUGGGAACCGAGUGAAGAUUAUCGAAGCAUGCCUCAUCUCAGUGAUUACUUCAGUUAUUUCCUUUGGACUACCACUUCUGAGAAAAUGCAGUCCAUGCCCUGAAUCAGAUCCUGACUCUGGUAUUGAAUGCCCAAGGCCCCCAGGGAUGUACGGAAACUAUUUUUACUGUGGCAAGGACAAGGAAUACAAUGAUCUUGCAACGAUUUUCUUUAAUACUCAGGAUGAUGCCAUAAGGAAUCUGUUUAGUGCAAACACAAUCCAUGAGUUCAGUGCUCAGAGUUUAUUGACGUUUCUAGUUAUGUUUUAUACUUUAGCAGUGGUGACAUUUGGUACUGCAGUUCCUGCUGGUCAGUUUGUUCCUGGAAUUAUGAUAGGCUCCACAUAUGGACGCCUGGUUGGCAUGUUUGUUGUUAAUUUUUACAAGAAGCUUAACAUUGAGGAGGGAACAUAUGCGCUAUUGGGGGCAGCUUCUUUUCUCGGAGGUUCAAUGCGAAUGACUGUCUCUUUAUGUGUAAUUACGGUUGAGAUCACAAACAACUUGCAACUUUUACCUUUAAUCAUGCUUGUUCUCCUGAUAUCAAAGGCUGUUGGUGAUGCAUUCAAUGAAGGUCUUUAUGAAGAACAAGCACGAUUAAGAGGAAUUCCACUGUUGGAAUCUAGACCUAAAUACCAAAUGAGAAAGAUGACAGCAAAGGAAGCUUGUGGAAAUCAGAAGGUUGUCUCCUUUCCUCGUGUUGUUAAGGUUGCAGAUGUUGUUUCUAUUUUGCGGAGCAACAUGCACAAUGGCUUUCCUGUACUUGGAGGGUUGGUGCCUCCUCCUAUUUUCGUUACUGACACCAUUCUCAAUGGGUCCUUUGCUUAA